AUGGCAUACAGCAGGCAAGCUAAGGACUUUGUAGCCAUUUCUGGUUUACAUCCAAACACAACACAUCCGGUGAGUCACGUGAUAUGAUUCAAUUGUUACAGUAGCGUAACUUGUGGGUGGAUACACCGUCAUGAUGAUUCAACCAGUUUUGAUAUCUUGAAGUGAAAUAAACUGUCAAGUCUACAACAAUCAUUUUGAAUCAUGACUGUUGUAUUUAUUAGGCUAAAUUGGUUUGAAAUAUCUAUUCUGUUUUUCAGAGAGUGGCCGGAGUCAUCAUUGGAAAAACUGAUGUCAAAAGCUUUCCAGACAGGAAAAGUUGUGGAUUGAAUUUCAUUAUAUUUCCCCCCAUCAUUUAAUACUGUUGCAUACUGGCAUCAAAUAGUCUACAUACAAACGCCCAAGUAUUAAUGAAGUAUCACUGGUAUCAAAUACAGCCUCUUGCCUCUGUCCUCCCCAAACAUAGACUUAUCCCCAAGGCUACACUGUAAAUUUAUGUCAUACAUUUUUCAAAACACAAAGCCCAUUGGUUAAAACUGCAUAAGAGUGCAUUUUUGGCCUCUGUGAUUGGUGCAUUGACACACACCCUCGAUAAACCUCAUGUCCCAGUAGUCACAGAUGAAAGGAGAAACCUUAUAAUAAAUUAUCUUUGGUAUGUAGCCUACACUGGAGCCUACUGUGCUCAAGUUAAUGUCUUGCUCACUAGAACCCUCUUCUGGCAGGUUUCUGAACUGAACUCUCUGUCGUUUCAGGUAUUGGUUUUGACAGAUUCACUUUCGGCUUCACAAUCAAGGACUCGCCAGACUAUUUUAUUAAUGUAUCCUCGUGGGGCAACGAUGGAUACAUCAAUGGGCUCUCUAACAGCUUCAGCAUCGGAGACUGUGGUAAGAUUAUGCAUUCAAUUCAAUUAUAUGAAGAUAUAAAAUAAUACAUCAUGUAGAAACAAUGUGUCUGUCUUUUUCAUAAUUACACUAAUUUAUCUGUAUUUUACCCACGUUCAGUUAUUAUAGAAAAUCCUUUAGUUGCUACCAAAGAUCCUGAGAAAGAGGACAGAUUCUGCCCCUCAACUCCCAGGUACGGUAUAGUAAGUGGUUAGUUCUCUUUUAAACAUGACUAUACUCUAGUAAUACAAGUAACAAAACCAAUUUCUCUGUCUCAGCUUCUACAGGUUGCUGGUGAGUGAAGCUCACUCCCAGCUAUCAAUAUGCUCUGACAUAGAGAUGAUGAACAGGCUGCUGCCUCUACUCCACCUGCCUGUGAAGGACUCCAGGGACUUCUACUCUCUGGGAGACAUCGUGGCCAACGGACAGAGCCUGGACGGGAUCGUCAUUAACAUACUCGCCGCCGUUCGGUCGGUAAGAUCUGAGAGUGCAUAGAGUAAAGUAGGUCUUGAGGAGGGUAGUAUCUGGGACACUAGUGUGACUUUGGACUAUCAUUGUGUAGUUGUAUCUAUUGAUAUAGGAGCCACAAACUAGACUCUAUCGUCACAUGUCCAGUGGCAUAAGUACCAUAUGUAUUGGAAAAGCUAAAAGCGUUUCCAUAACACUAUUCCUGCCCUCCAGAUUGCAGAGCCAAAGUUUUUCACCACGGCGGACGGACGCAAAGGGCAGAGGCUGGAAGUGAAGCUCUUUGAUGAUUCUGUCACAUCUUUUCCCUUAGUAUGGUAGGAACUGUACCACUGUACCCCACGUCUUCAAUAUCCCCAUCCUCUCCCCUGAGUAAACAUAACCUCUGUAUCACACAGCUGGGACAAAGAGGCCAUUCAGCUAGUUCAGACUCUGAUACCAAGAGAAACAGGUUGGUAUACAGUGGGCUCUUAUUCUUUGUGAAAUGGAAAUGUGAGAUUUUGUGUUUGUUUUUAAAUGUCGUUGACUGAAUAAGACUUUUCUCUGUACUUUAAGUGCUCUUCAUCUCAGACGCCAGGAUUGGUUUUGACAGCUUCCGGAACUGCAUGACAGCUACAGUCAAUUCUAAAACCAUAAUCACCGUCAACCCGGGUAAGGAUAUCACUUUAUUUGGAUUGAUCAUAUCUGUUUACAACACAUGCUCCUUUUCUGCAUUGAGAAACAGUAGACAAUUGUUUUUCUAAGAUAAUAUUUUAAUUUUCACAUUAUUAAUACAGUACCUAAUACUGUAAUUAAUGUGAUUCUGUUUUGAGAUACAUAAGAUACGAAGGAAGCCAGCCUUCUGUUCAGCUAUGUCAAAGAGGUCUCUGAGUCUGGUGUGUUGGAUGAGGAUGACAAGCCUGGAGAUGUGCCUGGUAGGUAACAACUAUGACUGUAUAGUAUUAUCAUACAGUUGAGACUUUGCAAUCAUGAGUUAGGCCAGAGAGGAAGAGGCGAAGCGAGAGGGUUUACUCCACCCAAAAUCUGUUCACGAAAAUAAGACCAUGAAGUGAGGAAUGUUUAUAAGUCAAUGAAAGAAUUUCACAUUUUUUAAACAAAAAAUGUAAUUGCUAAUUUGCUACAUGAGGUUUAUUUGAUCUAAUAGAAGUUUGGCAAUGGUUAGGUUGGUACGAAUGCACACUGAUAUAAGUGGAUGCACGUGGCAUUUCGUCAACUUCUGAAAAAAACUACUUUAAAUCGGAAUGUUGCCUGUUGUUCACACGCGUAUCUGCCCUCUCAUUGGCUAGAAUGGUCCCACCUGAUCUCGCUUCCUCCCGCCUGCCUUCCAUCUUUGAGGACAUGUACAGUGCAUUCUGAAAGUAUUCAGACCCCUUGACUUUUUCCACAUUUUUUGCGUUACAGCCUUAUUCUAAAAUGGAUUACAUUUUUUAAAAUCCUUAUGAAUCCACACACAAUACCCUGUAAUGACGAAGCCAAAACAAAAAAAAUUUGCACAUGUAUAAAAAAACAAAAACAGAAAUACCUUUAUUUACAUAAGUAUUCAGACCCUUUGCUGUGAGACUUGAAAUUGAGCUCAGGUGCAUCCUGUUUCCAUUCAUCAUCCUUGAGAUGUUUCUAUAACUUGAUCGGAGUCCACCUGUGGUAAAUUCAAUUGAUUGGACAUGAUUUGGAAAGGCACACACCUGUCUAUAUAAUGUUCCACAGCUGACAGUGCAUAUCAGAGCAUAAACCAAGCCAUGAGGUCGAAGGAAUUGUCCGUACAGCUCCGAGACAGGAUUCUGUUGAGGCACAGAUCUGGGGAAGGGUACCCAAAAAUGUCUGCAGCAUUGAAGGUCCCCAAGAACACAGUGGCCUCCAUCAUUCUUAAAUGGAAGAAGUUCGGAACCACCAAGACUCAUCCUAGAGCUGGCUGCCCGGCCAAACUGAGCAAUCGGGGGAGAAGGGCCUUGGUCAGGGAGGUGACCAAGAACCCGAUGGUCACUCUGACAUUGCUCCAGAGUUCCUCUGUGGAGAUGGGAGAACCUUCCAGAAGGACAACCAUCUCUGCAGCACUCUAGCAAUCAGGCCUUUAUGGUAGAGUGGCCAGAUGGAAGCCACUGCUCAGUAAAAGGCACAUGACAGCCCGCUUGGAGUUUGCCAAAAGGCACCUAAAGGACUCUCAGACCAUGAGAAACAAGAUUCUCUGGUCUGAUGAAACCAAGAUUGAACUCUUUGGCCUGAAUGCCAAGCGUCACGUCUGGAGGAAACCUGGCACCAUCCCUACGGUGAAGCAUGGUGGUGACAGCAUCAUGCUGUGGGGAUGUUUUUCAGCGGCAGGGACUGGGAGACUAUUCAGGAUCGAGGGAAAGAUGAACGUAGCAAAGUACAGAGAGAUCGUUGAUGAAAACCUGCUCAAGAACUCAGACUGGGGCAAAGGUUCACCUUCCAACAGGACAACGACCCUAAGCACACAGCUAAGACAACGCAGGAGGGGCUUCGGGACAAGUCUCUGAAUGUCCUUGAGUGGCCCAGCCAGAGGCCGGUCUUGAACCCGAUCGAACAUCUCUGGAAAGACCUGAAAAUAGCUGUGCAAUGACGAUCCCCAUCCAACCUGACAAAGCUUGAGAGGAUCUGCAGAGAAGAAUGGGAGAAACUCCCCAAAUACAGGUGUGCCAAGCUUGUAGCGUCAUACCCAAGAAGAGCAUCCUGUCGGGCUGUAUCACCGCCUGGUACGGCAACUGCACCGCCCGCAACCGCAGGGCUCUCCAGAGGGUGGUGCGGUCUGCUGAACGCAUUACCGGGGGCAAACUACCUGCCCUCCAAGACACCUACAGCACCCGAUGUCACAGGAAGGCCAAAAAGAUCAUCAAGGACAUCAACCACCCGAGCCCCAGAAGGCGAGGUCAGGACAGGUGCAUCAAAGCUUGGACCGAGAGAAUGAUAAACAGCUUCUAUCUCAAGGCCAUCAGACUGUUAAAUAGCCAUCACUAGCACAUUAGAGCCUGCUGCUGCCUAUUGAAAUCACUGGCCACUUUAAGAAAUGGAACACUAGUCACUUUAAUAAUGUUUACAUAUCUUGCACUACUCAUCUCAUAUGUAUAUACUGCAUUCUAUUCUAUAAUAUUCUACUGUAUCUUAGUCCAUGCCGCUCUGUCAUUGCUUGUCCAUAUAUGUAUAUAUUCUUAAAUUCCAUUCCUUACUAGACUACUGAAUUAAGUAUAUAUUGUGAAAUUGUUAGAUAUUACUUGUUAGAUAUUACUGCACUGUCGGAGGUAGAAGCACAAGCAUUUCGCUACACCCGCAAUAACAUCUGCUAAACACGUGUAUGUGACAAAUAAAAUUUGAUUUGAUUUGAUUUUGACUCUAGGCUGUAAUCGCUGCCAAAGGUGCUUCAACAAAGUACUGAGUAAAGGGUUUGAAUACUAAUAUUUCUAAAAAACUAUUUUUGCUUUGUCAUUAUGGGGUAUUGUGUGUAGAUUGAUGAUUGAAAAAAUCAAUUUAAUCAAUUUUAGAAUAAGGCUGUAACGUAACAAGAUGUGGAAAAAGUCAAGGGGUCUGAAUGCUUUCCAAAUGCACUGUAUUUCCGUUGUUAGAGCAGUAGGGUUGCAAAAUUCCAAGAACGUCCAAUAAAUUCCCUGGUUUCCCCGAAAUCCUGGUUGGAUGAUACCUGGAUAUCAGGAGGAAAUAAGCUGGAGAUCCGGUACCCUCCAACCAGGAUUUUUGGAAAACCAGGGAAUUUAUUGAAAGUUCCCUGAAUUUUGCAACCCUAUAGAGCGGUCACUCUCUAUCACUGUUCUCCUCUCUCCAGUGGAUUCUAUCAGUGAUGUGUACACAGUGAGCCAGCUCAAACUCAAAGCCCAGGAGAACCCAGAGGUGUUCUGUGGAAUCACCUACAGCUUCGUCUCCAAACUGGAUCUAGACGCCUCUGUCUCCAAAGUCAUCAGAAGCAGGUGGUAAGUUUUUACAGUGGAUACACGUCGACACAUGAUUAUUGAAUUCAUCUGUAUUUCUCAGCAAAUCCCACAUUUUCUGACUACACAUUUCAUCUCAUUGAAACUUAACUACACUAGCACCAUUUCUUUUUCCUGAUUUACAUAUUGGUGCUGGUCUCCUCCCUGCUCAGUUCCAAAUGCAGGUACCAGGUGAACGAGGAGAUUCAGAGCUGCUCCAACACAGCCUGCCCUGGGGGAGACCAGCCUCUGACUGUGACCACAGGGUUUGAUCUUCUGGUAGAUGUGACAGACCACACAGGAACCCUGCAGUCCUGCUCCCUGAACGGCACUGUCGCAGAGAAGACUCUGGGCUGCAAUGUGAGUGGAAAUAUAGUAUAUUAUAAGUGGGCUUAUCCUGGAUUUGUGCAACUGCCCUAAUAUGUGACCAUGGUUGACAGCUUCAAAUAAUGAUGCCUGCCCUCUUUUGUUGCAGCCUGAGGAGUUUGUGAGUUUAACAGAGGAUGAGCGAACGGCGAUGAAAUGGAAGAUGCUCUUAGAAAGAUGCAAAGUAUAUAUCAAGGUAUAUAAAAUCCAUAUGUCGUUGGUACUGACUAGCUUUAAAAAGUUUUGAAUGAACCAGUCAGUGGCAGCCUUGUCAAGUAUUCUUCUCAGAAUUGUGAGCUGAGGAACUUAAAAAAUGUCCUAUCCCAUUCUACUGUAUCUUUCAGAUCACUCCCUCUCCCAAAACCAGAAGUGGAAUGAGAGGCAAUGUCCUGCAGUGUUCCCUCGCUGAUCCAGGAGAAGUGAAGCAGAACAUGUCUGCCCUGCAGUAG